AUGAGGCCUAUUCUUCUAACUUUAUCCCUUUUGGGUCACGUAUAUGGACGUCCUGAACCACCAGUGGGCUACAAGUACCUUGCUCCGCUUGAAAACAACGCUCUGGGUUCCUCUUUAUCAGGUUCUUCCUUGACUCAAAGAACCAGCAGUCAAAAUUCAGUACAGUUUAAUAGUGGAUUUAACUCGCAAUCACAAAGUGGGUACAGAUACAUUGCACCUGCUUUAAACAGUGAUAAAAUUGGAACCCAAAAUACGGCACAGUUUCAUAGUGGUUCUUCCUACGAUCAAUCCAAUGGAGGUUACAAUUAUAACGCACCAUCACUCAACAUUGCAACCCAAAACAGUGCAGUACCCAUAGGAAACAUAAACGCUCCUGUGGGUACCCAAGUCUUCAAACACAUAUCCUACCACGUGGCACCUGAAGAACCAGAAGAAGUUCACCAAAAAACCAAUCUAGCUGCCGUGCAAGCCCAAAAGCAUUACAAAAUCAUCUUCAUCAAAGCCCCAACUUACAAUACAGCCCAAAGUACAUUGGUGCAACCUCAAGUACUGAACGAAGAAAAAACUCUUGUCUACGUGCUCGUCAAGAAACCGGAAGCACCGGAAGAUUUAGUUAUCUCUACACCAGCCCCAACUCAACCAAGCAAACCGGAAGUUUACUUCGUUAAAUAUAAGGCCAACAAACAACAGGUGGCCACAGAAGGUUCGUCUGUAGGAGUCGGAUCUGGAGCAACAGGCGUCCAAGAGAACUUCGAUAGUGCUGCUAAAAGCGGAAGUCAAAGUGGCACUUCCGGUGCCAGUGGUUCCGUAUACGGUUUGCCCAAGUAUGGUCCACCAAAUUUUAAAAGUGGAAAUUAUUAA